AUGUCCAACCCAACCCCCAAGCAGGCCCCCUCCCUCGGCCUCCCCAAGAGCAACUCCACCUGCAAGGUGUCCAUCCUCGACACCACCGCCGAAAUCACCGUGCCGCCGCACAUGCUCGUCGAGCCCGAAAUCCCGGGCCACAACUGGCUCAACCUGCCCGACUACAGCUUCCACAUUAAGCAUGAAGCCAGCGGCGCCGAGCUCAUCUUCGACAUGGGCAUCCGCGUCGACUGGCAGAACUCGGUGCCGGCGAUUGUCGACCUGUGCGGCAACCAUGUGCCCGGGAUGAAGGUGUCGGAGGAUGUGCCGGAUAUCCUCACCAAGGGCGGCGUUAAGCUGGAGAACUUGAAGGCCUUUAUUCUUAGCCAUUGGCACUUUGAUCAUUGCGGAAACAUCUCUCGUCUCCCCCAGUCCGUCGACCUGAUUGUCGGUCCAGGCUUCAAGGACGCAUUCCUCCCCGGCUACCCCACCAAGGAAGAGUCGCCCUUCUGGGAGGCCGACUUCAAGGGCCGCAAUGUCAUCGAAGCCCCGUUCAACACCAAGAUUGGCAAGUUUCAGGCUUGGGACUACUUUGGCGACGGAUCGUUGUAUGUGUUGAACGUGCCGGGGCACGCCACGGGCCAUGUGUCUGCUCUUGUGAGGACGACGCCGGAUACGGCGGUGUUUAUGGGUGGCGAUGUCUGCCAUUUUACUGGAGAUAUCCGGCCGACAGAGUAUGUCCCACUACCGGAUCCCAUCCCGGCAAAGGCGCAGCUCGACAAACGCCUUCCGCACCCUUGCCCGUGCUCGGUUUUCACGGCGUGCCAUCCCAAUCAAGAUGCCGCAAGGACGACCCCCUUCUACAAGUGCUCCAGCGGCCCAACCUCGUUCUACCACGAUCCGCCCACCGCAAUGGAGUCCAUCCGCAAUCUCAUGGAGUUCGACGCCGACCCCAACGUGCUGGUCAUCAUCGCGCACGACACCGCGCCCCGGGAGGUCAUGGCGGGCUCCUUCUUCCCCAACGCCACCAUCAACGACUGGAAACAGCGCGGCUGGAAGGAGGUGAUGCAUUGGCAUUUCUUGAACGAGAUGCCUGUGGACGGCAAGACGGGCAGAGAGCCGAUGGUCGAUGGGUUGUAUCGGGAUGGAAAGCGGGUCAAGGAUUUGGAGGGCAAUGCGGUGUAG